AUGGAGGCUGAAAAGUUUACGUCGCAUAACCGAAACUUUCCCAAGAAGAAGUGCGGUGUGUUGGGCGCAACUGGUUCGGUGGGUCAGCGCUUCAUCCUUCUUCUCGCACUACACCCACACUUUGAACUCCACGCUGUCGGCGCUUCAGAACGAUCGGCUGGCAAGAAGUACAAGGAUGCUGUCAAGUGGAAGCAAGCGCUGCCAUUUUCCGAGCGCAUUGGCGAGUUGGUCGUGAAGAAAUGCACACCAGAAGAAUUCAAGGAGUGCGACUUGGUCUUCUCUGGCCUGGACAGCGAUGUUGCCGGCGACGUUGAAAUGGCCUUCCUAAAGUCCGAACUCGCCGUCUUCUCAAACGCCAUAUACUACCGCCGCGACCCUCUCGUCCCCCUCGUCGUGCCCACCGUAAACCUCCCCCAUCUCGACGUCAUCAAGCACCAGCGACAACACCACAAGCUCGAAAAGGGCUUCCUGGUCUGCAACUCAAACUGCGCCGUCAUCGGCAUCGUCAUACCGUUUGCAGCCCUACAAGCGAAAUUCGGCCCCGUCGACCAAGUCUCCGUCGUCACAAUGCAAGCCGUCUCCGGCGCUGGCUACCCGGGUGUAAGCAGCAUGGACAUCAUCGACAACGUGGUACCGUUUAUCUCGGGCGAGGAAGAUAAGCUCGAGACGGAGGCGUCUAAGAUCCUCGGUGGCGUCAACGACGACGUUACAGGUUUUGUAGAUCAGCCCAUGAAGGUUUCGGCCGCUUGCAACCGCGUGCCGGUGUUGGACGGGCACACUGCUUGCGUGUCAUUGCGCUUCCAGCGACGCCCGCCGCCGAGUGCCGAGGAGGUCAAGCAGGCUAUGCGCGAGUAUGUGUCUGAUGCGCAGAAGUUGGGUUGUCCGUCUGCACCUGCGAAGGCGAUUGUCGUCAUGGAUGAACCUGAUAGGCCGCAGCCGAGGUUGGAUAGGGAGACUGAUCGCGGGUAUGCGGUCAGUGUGGGGAGGAUAAGGGAGGAUGAAGCUGGUAUCUUUGAUAUCAAGUUUGUUGCGCUCAGUCAUAACACUGUUAUUGGAGCGGCGGGGUCGUCGAUAUUGAAUGCGGAGGCUGCUGUGCUGAAGGGGUAUGCUUAGAGGUCAGUGAAUUUAUAAAUGGAGUAUGCAACAUAUAUGGUUAUGUAUGUAAUAAGACAGUUCUCCAGA